CCCUGGGCGCCGGGUAACCGAAGUGGCCAACCGUUCUCCGACGGACGCUGUAGCCGGCGGGUGCUAGCAGCAGCUCUCCUUCUCACCCUCGUGCGCCGUCUUGUAGUGCUUUAUCUUAGCUUCUCCAGAGACCCUCACUGGUAGAGUCACGGUCGGCGGAGGAGGAUUCUAGUCGCCAGUGUGUGGAGUAGGGUGAGUGCGGCGAAGAGCCCCCGCGACAGAGAAGUAGACGAGGACGAAGGUUUCGACGCAAGCUUUGAAGUUUUGGAUACAAGACCCAUACCAGGACAGGUCCAGUUUGUAAUGACACACGGUAAGGCCGAGGCAGAGGCAGAAGAGGAAGACAAGUAUCAAAACUAGGCAAGCAGUCUGAUAAUGGCUGAGGCGUGUGAUGGCGUGAGGCACAAGAAAGUAAACAAGGCUGCGGACAUGUCACCCUAAGCCUGCUGUCCGUUUAAAAAAAAGAGGGGAGACCAGACCACCCAAAAAGGGUGGUCCAUGUGCCAGUUCCAAUUAGGACCGGAAUAUACCAUCAAAUACAUGCCAAUCCAGGUUUUAAGCAUGAGAGGGAAAGAUGGUGUUGGCGCUGUAGCAGAGCUGAUGUCUGGUAUAUGGAGCCUGUUACCUGAGCCACAGGGGGAGGAGGCAAGUAAAGAUGAUAUGCUCUUUCAGGAUGACACUGAGGGUCAAGGGAUGGAAUUUGUGAAAGAAGAUACUGGAGCAGUAAUGCAGUCGCUGCACCUGAAACCCAUCGGCGCAAUGCUAAUAAACACUGCCACUACUAUCCACCGCUCACCAGAGGCUCUCAACUUUAAGCUGAAGCUCGAUGCCCCUUCGUAGUCCUGCCGGCUUGUCUGCACGUGCCCAUCAACAACUCCUACAUAUCGGUGCAAGUUAGUACAUCAACUUUGUUCCUGCAUAACUUGUCAUCGCUCUGAAGAUGCCGAAUCGCUGCCAUUUUGGUCUCUGCUUACUAUAUUUUGUCAAUGAAGAUAGCAGUUGCAAUAGCAUAUGGAGCCUGCAUUGGAAUUCUUUGUUCUUUGGAAUUUUUUUGUUCUUGGGAACUAAACGGGGAGAAGUAUCAUUUGCGUGCUCUUGUCUUUGUUUCUGCUGGUGGUUCCUCUUAGUUGGUUGUAGAAAAUUUAAGGUCACAGAUCUGUGUAUUAUAGACUGUUCUAUAUUAUGCAAUUGGAGAGGAAUUCUUUUUGGUUCUUUUGGAA